AUGGCAUCCACAGCAGCACCCAGUUCUCUGCUGUCCCUGCUCUAUCUGGCCUUGCUAACAUUUGUGGGCAGUGCUGUGCUCCUUGCUGAGAUGCAUCACCAGAGCUUGCCAAGCUUCAGUGUAUAUGCUUUUCUGACAUUGCUCAUGAGUUCUUCCUGCCUCUGGAUGCUCUGGUUUGGCUGGCACUCUGUUAACAACAAACAGCUGAAAAUGCACCAGGAUCACCAAGCAGGAGCAAGCUGGCUCAAAGGCGGCCUGUCCCUCUUUGCAUUGGCCACAUUGAUUAUGGAUUGCCUCUCCAUGGGCUAUUACUAUCAGCUGCAGCACUGUGUUCCCAUGCUAAUCACUGCUUUCCCUGUUAUGCAAGCUGUCUUCACCAUCAUACAGGUUUCUUUGCUGCUAUUUAAUGCUAAAGUUUGCAUCCAGGAUCACCAACCUUUGAACAGGUUUGGACUGAUGCACACACUGGCCACCAAUGUGCUCCUAUGGAUGAAUGUGGUGCUAGAUGAAUCCAUGAAACAGCUUGAGGAAUUUUAUGAUGCUCACAAGGGAGCAAGAGCCCAGGCUUCCCAUGGUGGUUCCUAUACCAAUAGCUGCAUCUGCACCAACAGUCUUUGCCACAUCUUCUCAGAAGGUGCUGCCUAUCUACAUCCCUUCAAUAUUGAGUUCAGUCUAUUCUCUUCUACAAUGCUAUACAUCAUUUGGAAGAACACUGGGCAGGAAGGCUCUCCACAGAAAUCCCAUCUCACUCACAAGGCACACUUCUACCUGAGUGGAGCUUUAAUUGGACUGAUAUUAGGGGCCUUGGCCAUUUCAGCAACCAUUGGGGUGAUGAUCUCCUUUGGAGUACUUGCCAAGUCUCCUGAAACAGUUGCCAGAGCUCUUCAUACAUACUAUGUUUUCAACUCUGUGUUGUUAUCUGCCAUGUUCUUGGCAACUUUGAUGGGCAUCAUUACCUACUGGAUGAAGAAAAAACCUGCCACUGACUAUUCUCAGAGUGUGGUAAGAAACUUAGAUGUGACCUUGCUUCUGGGAAGCUCCUGUGGACCUCUCAUGGUAUCAAUCUUUUCUUUGGUUGCCAUAUUUUUUCUUCAUACCAGUGGCAGCCUCUAUCUUCUGGAUUUCUGCUUCUCCCUCUGCAAGACCAUCCAGAUCUUAGGUCAGAAUCUAUUCAUUACUGAAGCCUUGUACUCUAGCCUGUCUCAUGAACCAAAUGCACAAGACAAUACUGACUGUAUUAGUACCAGCUGGGUCUUUUCCAUUUCCAGAGGUCCCCAACAGGACAAUAAUGGACCUUUCUACAAAGCCCACACCCUGACCAAUUUCAUGUCCAGUUUGGAGAAUCAGUCAUCCAGAAACCUACCAGACUAUGGAAGUGACCCAUCUCUCUUCCAGAUUUCACACAUCCAAGGAGAACAGAGGAGACCAAGCAUGAGAAAAAAGAUUCUACAAAACAUUUCAAUUCUCCUUAUCUUUUAUAACAUAUCGGUGUGGAUUCUGUAUGCCUAUGGAACACGCCCAUAUCUUGUGAGCCAGAUUGAACAGUCUUUCUAUGGCUUUACCCUCUGGGCCAUCGUGGUCAAGAUUUCCCUGCCAUUGGGCAUAUUUUAUCGCAUGCACUCAGUGGCCAGUCUCUUUGAAGUCUACUGCAAGACCUGCUGA